ACAACUUUUAAUUUCUUUCCCUCUAAUUUCCCUGAUCUGACGACACACAGUAACAUCAAUUGCCGGAGAAAGAGAAAGAAAGAAGAUGUAUCUUAACUGGCUUUGGAAGCGAGGAGGAAAGAAUUCUCCACCUCAACCUCAGCCACCUCCUCCGCCUCCUGAAACCCACAAUUUCUCCGUCUUCAUACCUUCCCCCAAUAUUGAAGAUUAUUACACUAGCAGACAGCUUGCCAAUUUUCCCUUCGUCGUCAUUCCAAUGUCCUCUCCCGUCAAAUCGGUGGGUGCUGGUGUGAGGAAUCUUGGGUCCACGUGUUUCAUGAGUUCUAUUCUUCAGUGCCUCACCCACACAAUCAAGCUGUUCCAGGGUCUCCGUUCUUACACUCAUGAUUGCCCGGGUGACGCGGGUGAAUUCUGUGUUUUCUGUGCCCUCCGUUCACACAUGGAGUCUUGCUUUACACCUGCCAGAAGUGUGGUUUGGCCUAUAUUCCUUGCCGAUAAUUUGAAACAAUUUUCAGCUGGUUUCAAAAGAGGCAAUCAGGAGGAUGCCCAAGACUUUAUGAACCGUGCCUUGAAUAAACUGCAAGGUUGCUUUUCAGAAGGACAUCCUAAUCUUGUUGGAGAAAUCUUUGGUGGUCGUUAUGUUAGCCAACUUCGAUGUAGUAACUGUGGUCACUGUUCUGAAACUUUUGAAGCGAUUAUUGACCUGAGCUUAGGGAUAGAAAAUAUCUAUACCAUUCAGGAUGCACUGGAAUCAUACACCAAGGUGGAAAAGGUUGGUGGGAAGUCUACUUGUAAUAGCUGCAAACAAGUUGUAUCCAUGGAGAAGCAGCUUCUGUUAACUCAAACACCUUCAGUUGCGGCAUUACAUUUGAAGAGAUUUAGGGGAGGCGGGAUUUCUGUUAAAAAGAUUGAAAACCAUGUUUUUUUCACCCUGGAAUUAGACUUGCAACCUUAUACAUUUGGUGCUGAAAAUCAUAAUGUAGAGCUGAAAUAUGAUCUAUAUGCAGUUGUGGUUCACACUGGAAAUUCACCUAAUUCAGGGCAUUACUUUUGCUUUGUUCGCUCUGCUCCAGACAAGUGGCAUAAGUUAGAUGACUCAGAGGUUACCAGAGUAUCUGGAGAUGAAGUCUUGUGUCAACAAGCAUACAUCCUGUUUUAUGCACGACGCGGAACACCAUGGUUUUCGAGUAUUAUAGAGGAUGUAAACUCAUCAUAUCCACACUCAGGUUCAGGCAACAAAGGUGAUUGUGGUGGUGAUGAACAAAUUGAAGAUCAACACCCAGAUUCAAACUCAGUUUUAGGCAACAAAGGUGAUAGUGAUAGUGCUGAAGAAACUGUGGAUGAUCCUAUUGAUGCAGAUAAUGAAUGUGUGAGUGACUUGCGUGUUGGGGAUCCGGAGAAAAAUGCGAUACCACACAUAACCAAGUGCCACCUGAUUAGAAGGACCAUAUUCAAGAGAAAUUCAUACAAGAGAGAGGUGGAAUUUUGAAGGUUUCCUUCAUAUAAUUGUUCAUAUCCAUUCUUUGUUUAGUCUGUUUUGUACAAAACAAUUGUUAAUAUUUUUUUGAUAGAUACAUUUGUUGAUAAUAGAAUGGUUACUGUUCUAUAGUCCUACUGCUAAAUGCUAAUGCUCCAUGUAAUUGAUGAUAACAGUUUUUUUUUACACUGCUUGGUAGGAUCAUUUAAAGCAGAAGAUUU